AGAGAACAAGAGAGGAAGGACGAAUCACACGCGCCCCUCUUCUCUCUCUCUCUCUCUAUCUUGGAUUUCUCUCUCCCCUGUUUGUUUGUGUUGAUCUGCAGCAGAGAAUUUGAUUUUGAUUUUGAUUUUGAUUGGCCGAUGAGUUUUGUUGCAUGCGACAAUUGGGUGCAUUUUCCUGUGAAUGGAAAGCUUUAGAAAAGCAUACGGGGCUCUCAAGGACUCCACCAAGGUUGGCCUAGCUAAGGUCAAUAGCGAAUUCAAGGAAUUGGAUAUUGCAAUUGUCAAGGCCACCAACCAUGUCGAACGUCCCCCAAAAGAACGCCAUGUUAGAAAGAUAUUUGCAGCCGUAGCGAUAUCUUGUCCGAGAGCUGAUGUUGGCUAUUGCAUUCAUGCACUUUCCAAGAGAUUAUCAAAGACACACAGCUGGAUUGUGGCCAUAAAGUGUUUGAUAGUUUUCCAUAGGAUACUAAGAGAAGGCGACCCUAGCUUCAGAGAAGAGUUAGCACACUUCUCCAGAAGAGGAAAUUUAUUUCAAAUAUCCAAUUUCAAGGAUGAUUCCGGUCCUGUAGCUUGGGAUUGCUCUGCUUGGGUACGAACAUACGCACUGUUUUUAGAAGAAAGGCUUCAAUGUUUAAGGAACUUGAACUACGAUACGGAGUCCGAUAAAGGGACGAAAUCAGCUUCUGGAGAAUCUAAGAGUAAGCCCCCCCUGGUUAUGAAUGCUGAAGAACUGUUGGAGCAGCUACCUGAGUUGCAACAGCUUCUAUAUCGCCUAGUCUGUUGCCAGCCUGAAGGAGCAGCUCGGCACAAUUUUGUCGUCCAAUAUGCGUUGGCCCUGGUUGUGAAAGAGAGCUUCAAAGUAUAUUGUGCCAUCAACGAUGGGAUUAUUAAUCUGGUGGACACGUUUUUUGAAAUGCCAAAACACGACGCAGUCAGAGCUCUUGACAUCUACAAAAAAGCUGGAAGACAGGCAGAUCAUCUAGCUGAUUUUUAUGGCUUCUGCAGAACUUUGGAACUGGCUCAGACCUUUCAGUUCCCUACGUUGAGACAGCCGCCGCCUUCUUUUCUUGCAACUAUGGAAGAAUAUAUAAAGGAAGCAUCUCAGGCAGGUCCUUCAGGGUCACAAAAAAGACUGGCGUUACCAGGGACAAAAGAAGAACCUAAAAAACCUGAAGAACCAGCUCCAGAAGAAAGCAAAAGACAAGCCAAAGAAGUCGAACACAAGAAAAAGAUGGUUCAAGAGGAACCUGUGUCUAAGAUUAGACAGGAAUCUAUCUCUAGGAUUAAAGCCAAUCCACCAUUAAUCUCUGCUCAAGAACCUGUUGAUCUGCUGGGUUUGGACGAAAUAAACCCGAGAGCCUCACAAAUAGAGGAAAAUAACGCAUUGGCCCUUGCAAUUGUUCAACCUGGCAAUGAAGCACUACCAACUAACAAUGCAUUAAACGAUAUCGGAAAGGUUUCUGGAUGGGAAUUGGCACUAGUCACUACACCAAGCAACACUAACAAUUCCCAAGUAGCAGAAACCAAAAUGGCUGGUGGUUUCAACAAGUCGUUGCUCGACAGUCUGUACGAUGAUGAUUUCAGCAGGAGACAACUACAGCUGCAUAGUGCUGGAUACAGCACAGCCUACGGUAAUGGUUACAACGACCCCUUCGCCAUGACAAACAACGUCGGACCAGCUCAUACAGAUGUUCAUCACAUGGGAAUGAUGUCACAGCAGCAGCAGCAGCAGAUGACUAUGCAUCAACAACACAUGGUCAUGCACCACCACCACCAUCAUCAUCAUCAACAACAUCAUCAGCCACAGCAGUAUAAUAUGAUGAUGAUGAUGACGGCACCCCAUACACAUAGCUCGUACCCAUCAUCAUCGUCGUCGCAGUACACUACUCAACAGCAAAUAAUGCCGCAAAUGGGUGGGUCAUUCAAUCCAUUUGGAGACCCUUUUGGCUAUCCACAAACGACCGCAAUGCCACCACAUGGAAACCAUACGUUACUCUAGACUUGAGGUCAUGUCGUCAAGUUAAUUAAUUGUUCGUUGUUUAUUGGUUCAUAUUCAUUAAUUAUUCUUUCAUUCUUUAUUAAUUAAACAGUGGAGGAGAAUCUCAAAUUGUAACAUAUAUACAAGUUGACAUUAGGCAGAAAUAUUUUCUUGUCUUUGCUGCUUGUUGUGAGAGACUUCCAAGAUGUAAAGCAUUAUAUAAAGGUUUAUGUUAAUAACUAUUUCGUUGACCGGGUGAAUAUCCGUUUGUGUCGGGCACCCGUUUGAAUCGACCUUACAAUGUAAACAUAAUAUAAACUCAAUUCUAUUACAAUGGUCACAAUUCUAUUCAAUUCUUCACCGGAACCCGAGCCAUCGGAGUAUCGCCGGAAGUGGACGAAGAGAGUACUUAUACUCGGAUGAAUGGUCAAGAUGAAAGGGAGAGAAUCAACGGUCAAGAUCGAGUUUUCUCAAUUUGAACCUGUUUGGGC